UUUCAACCUACAACCAUGGCCCGUAUCAUUCUGCUGUUAGCCACAACGUUAUUCUCCGUGGCGUUCGGUCAAUCGACCGGAUUCCAUCCGCUUCGCCCCUGGUGGAACUUCCGGGCCUCCGGCGUUGGUCGAGUUGUCGGCGGUUACGAAGUCAACGUCACCGACGUUCCGUUCCAAGUGUCUUUGCAGAACAGUUACGGUCACUUCUGCGGUGGAUCGCUAGUAUCGGAACGUUGGGUGCUAACGGCCGGUCACUGUGCCAGCUCUCGCGAUCGUGGUCUUCAAGUGCGCACCGGUUCCAACUGGCAUGCAUCCGGUGGAAAGGUGUACAAAGUGAAAACGGUUCACCAACAUCCGCAAUACAAUCCGGUCACCAUUGACUAUGAUUUCAGUCUUCUGGAGUUGGAAGAAGCAGUCACUUUCACUGAAGUCUCGCAACCCGUUGAGCUACCGAAAAAGGACGAGCCAGUUGAGGAUGGCGCUUGUCUGCAGGUUUCGGGCUGGGGUAACACUCAGAACCCAUCGCAAUCGAGUAACGUACUCCGAGCUACUAACGUUCCGGCGGUGUCACAGGAGGAAUGCAAUCGUGCCUAUCAAGAGUUCAACUUUGUAACGGAUCGAAUGGUUUGUGCUGGCUACAAGGAAGGCGGAAAGGACGCUUGCCAAGGCGAUUCCGGUGGCCCGUUGGUCCAUGGCAACACAUUAGUCGGUGUUGUUUCCUGGGGAGUUGGAUGUGCUGAGCCCGGAUACCCUGGCGUUUAUUCCCGUGUGGCUGCCGUUCGGGACUGGGUUAAGCAAGUCAGUGGAGUUUAAGGGAUAAUGGGACAGCGAUGAUGAAUUUAUGGAAAAAUAGUAUAUCAAAAUAAAUUAUAAUAAAUAAAAUUA